UCUCCUCUUCGAGCAGGAACAGAGCCGUGGACAGCUUCAGCGGCGAAAUUCUCUCCAAAUCCGUCAGGCACGGCCGGAACCGAUCGGAGACCCUUGAUACUCCGCCGGACUCUCCUACGGAGCCGUCCUCGCCCGCCGAAUCCGUCCACAAGUGGUUCUCCAACAUCCUCCAACCCCCCAACGCGAACGACUCAUCUCAAUCGCGACACUCUGUCAGCUCUGACCUGCCGCCGCCUCAGCUUCUUCCGCUGAGGCAGUCGACGCACCGGAGGUCCAGAUUUCAGAGCGACCCCUCUGCGGCCCAGCCGCAGGCUAUUCCCGCCCCUCCUCGGCGCUUCCGAACCCCAGUGCUGUCGCAGGACGUGCAGCUGCUGUCUCCGCCGAAGAACUUGGUUGAGUCUGCUCACCGGAGGUCGAUUUCUUCCUCGACGUGCUCGGUGCCGGAUGAUCGGGUCCUGUCGCCUCCGAGGAGCCUCGUGGAGUCAGCUCACCGGAGGUCGGUGUCGUCGUCCACUUGUUCCCUCGAUAAGAUCGCGCCGAAGGCGAUCGGUAAUGGGCGGUUGAAGGAAGGCAAUGGAGCAAGGAAAGUUGGUGUUAAUGGAUUUCUCAAGGAGCAGAGAAGCAAGAUUGGGAAGAUCUUCAAUGGUGAGAUCAAUGCCAGGGCCAAGAUUGUUCUCUCGGGACCUUCAAACAGUACAAGUUCUAUGAUAGCUGCAAUAUGCUAUGCAUGGCUUUUGGAGAAUAGGAUGAACAAGAAGGGAGAAGGCAAUGGAGGAGGGUCCAUUGCGGUGCCCGUGAUGAACGUUAGGAGAGCGAGGAUGUGGAAGCAACGUCAGGCUGCUUGGCUCUUUCACCGUGUUGGUCUUGAUGCCACCUCCUUGCUUUUUGCUGACGAGGUGGAUUUGGAAAGUCUAAUGAUGGCUGGAAAAUUAAGCAUCCUUGUGGUUGGGCAAGAUGUCCUCAAAACGAAUGGUGAGGUUGGAUCUCAAUGCACAGUUCUUACAGAUAAUUACUGUGAAGAAGCUUACGAUCUGCUCGAAACUGAAGUGCUCAAGAAACUUUUGCUGGCGGGAAUACUGCUAGACACUCAAAACCUAAAUGCAACCGGCAAAUUGUCUACUACAAGAGAUGCUGAAGCAGUACAGCUGCUACUAGUUGGCUCAGCCCCCAAUUACAGAAAUACUCUCUUUGAUCAACUGAUGCAGGAUCAACAAGAUAAUACCUUUACUGAGGCCUUGCAGCAAAACUACGGGAAGCCUCCUAAUGGGAGUAGUUCCAUUACUGGAUCUAAGAUGGACCAUAGCGUUCCUGAAAGAAAGUCUACCUCUGUCCAUACCAAAGAAGACAUUAAGAAAGGUCCGGAAACAAAUCAGCAUGAUGCUAAAACUGCAAAAACUGACAGGUUAUCCCCAAAACAAGAUAAACAGAGUCCAAAUCCUGUACAACCUCCAAAAAAAGCAUCCGAUGCUGGUCGAGGAAAGAAUACGUUCUUCCUGGCCAGGUGGUUUGGUUUUGGUUCAAAAUGAAUGGCCGGUGAAGUAUGAUUGUUUCAAGGAACUCUUACUGAAUUGGAAGUCAAGAUCGGUCUCCCAUAUUGCUGAUGAGCAAAAUGGGUAAAAAAGUUGGUCCCUCCAAAAUAUUCCUUUAUUCUUGCUUUAGGUCUCAUUAUGGCAUGAAAGCGUACUUAUAUAAGAGAUUUUUUUUUUGUUUUUUUACAUAAGAGAUUGAAGAAGUGGUAAAGGAGCUUUUUCGAAGACUAAAGACCACUGUGGUAUGCCAUCAUCUGUAACAUCAGUUAUUCCUCCUAAUGUAGCAGUCUUCUGUUUGCCAUUGGAAACAGAACUUUUCCUUUGUGGCUGUUGCUUUGUCGUCACUUCUUUGAGUAGCUCCUGUUGAUCUCAGCUCAUUGUGAUGUUCUUGUCUGUGGAAGAUGAGAUCAUACCAGAUGAACAUUUGUUUGCGGAUCAACCGCCAUAAUUCCUGAGAAAUAUAUUGAAAUCCGGUGCUUCGCCUUGC